AUGCCAAACUUGAUAUCACGGAAAGCAUUAUUUUGCUCCAAGAGAUCAAUCUUGAUUGCUCCUUCAAAUUACAGAAGAUUAUCUUCUCGAACAUCACCUUUACAAUCUACAUAUACCUCAAAUGGUACUUCAUCUGCAAUAGAAAUUCUUCAACCAAUACAAACCGAUUCAAGAUCAACAUCAGAACCAACAACCAUGCCGAAGAUUAGUCCUCUUUCGAUAUUACCUCUCAGUGCUAUCAUAAGAUCAUUGGCUAUUAAUACUAUUUCUUCUUCUCCCUUACUUCUCAGUCCAUCCCUCAAAAUAAUGGCCAUUCUCGCACAUUCUCAAAAUCCAAUUCUAUCACCCGAUCGAAAUCUCAUUCUACGAUUCUUCCUCAAGAAUACAUUUUACAAACAAUUUUGCGCCGGAGAAAAUCAUGCCGAAGUUCAAAGAACCGUCCGUGGUAUCAAAGCUCUUGGUUUCAAAGGAGUAUUCCUCUGUUAUGCCCGAGAAGUUGAGAAAUCUCCAGGAGCAAACAUUGAUGUUGAAGAAUGUGUCAAGAAUGAAGUUUUACCAUGGGCAGAAGGUACUUUAGCAACGGUGAGAUUGGCCGACCCAGGAGAUUUCGUUUCCAUCAAAGUUACUGGUGCAGGAAGCUUAGCAUUACAAGCUUUAGAGAAGCAAGGAGUAUGUCAUGCCACCCUCAAACAAGCCAUCGAUGACAUUUGCGCUCUAGGUGCAGAGCGUGGAGUCAAAUUAGCAUUCGAUGCUGAACAUGUUGCUGUACAAGCUGGAAUCGACCUUUGGACUCUCAAAUACAUGAAGAAAUACAAUCAACCUGGGAAAGGAGGAGCAGUGAUUUAUGGAACAUAUCAAGCAUACCUCAAAGCUUGUCCUCAAGUCGUCGCAAACCAUAUGGCCAUUGCACAGAAAGAGAAUUUCACACUCGGUGUGAAAUUAGUCAGAGGCGCAUAUAUGGGAUCCGAUCCUAGGGAAUUGAUUCAUGAUACCAAACAAGGAACCGAUGAAUGUUAUGAUGGAAUUGCCGAAGCACUUAUCCGUCGAACCUACAAUUACAUUCUUCAAUCCGCAGAUGGAGACAAUGAUUUCCCCGCCGUGGAUUUAGCACUCGCAGGUCAUAAUUUGGUAUCAGUUCGCAAAGCACAAGUCAUCCGUACCGAACAAGCUGAGAAGGGAAUCGAUGGCAUCGAACUCUGCUAUGCGCAACUUCAAGGAAUGGCCGAUGAAGUAUCAUGCGAAUUGGUAGCGGAAGGAAAACUAGCCGAAUCUCUCAAACCUUCACACGAUUCCAAAAUUACUGUUGAUGGCGGCAUCAAUGAAUUGACGGGUGGUACGAAAGGGGGAGAAGAGAAAUUAAAUCUGAAGACGGAUAUUCCAAAGGCGUAUAAGUAUUUGACGUGGGGUACUACGGGGGAGUGUAUGAAAUAUCUUUUGAGGAGAGCGUAUGAGAAUAGGGAUGCGGUGGGGAGAACGAGGGAGGGGAGAAAUGAAAUGGGUAGGGAAUUAGUGAGAAGGGUGAAGGGAAUGUUUAGUGCGUGA